AGCAGUAUCUGGGAUUGCUGAAUGACAAAGAUGAAUUUGCCAGAGGAGAUUGCUGAGCUUCUCUACUGUGCAGGGUGAGGGAAAAACACUUAAAGAGUCUUUUCAAUUUUAAUUGUCAAGUGGAGUCGCAUAGAUUUAAAGCCAUCACACUGAAAGGCAGCUACAAAUGAAUGACACGCCAAUAAAGAUAAGCAGUUCAAUUAACAAUGACAGGAUUGACAUCAUGCCUAUGAAAGUGAAACCGAUCGCUGUCAGGGGACCCAGUAGCCCAGAGGGGCUGGAGGGAGUCUGUACCCAGGCAGCUCUGGUGACAGUUUAUUCCAAUGAUCGCUGCGCGGUGCGGAUCAGAGUAUUCCCCAGCGACUCAGCAGGAAAGAGCCGUGAGAAGGAGAAGAGAAUGGCUUAUGCUAAAAUAAGAUAUGUUACAUGUGUGCCCAGCUGGGGACCCUCUCCCUGUCAUGCGUUCAUAUUUAGAAGAAGAGUCUCCCAUCAGUGGCUCAGUACCCACCACAGAUCUCAGCUCAAAGCAGAGAAACCCGGCCGGAGCACUUGCCGAGGAGACGUUACUCAGAGAGCAGCAGCAUCUGGAAGGAAACCUCCUUGAUGUGGCCGGAGAGAGGCUCCUAGCUGUGAGCUCACUGGUGUUAUAAAUAUCUCAGGUUGGGGCUCUCUCUAGCGAUGAGCAAUGUCUCCUAGUUUCGCACGCACAGAUACAAGCACAGCCCCUCAUCAUAUCCACUGACACACUGACUGCUGCUGCGGGGGGCACUGGCACAGCAAAAUGCACCGGGGACACCCACCGUUGGAAGAAUGAGAUUGCCUCUCCUCUGUUCCUGCGCACUCCUUCUUCUCUCCUUAUUCAGCCUCUCAAGUUCAGCCUCAGCAGCACCCAAGAAGAAAGCCAAGGGUGGUCCUGGCAAAGGCUCCAUCAACGGGAAAAAACAAAGCUUGAAAUCUUCCUCUUCUGCUUCACUAGGAUUAGAGGACAGCGGGUCACUUUGGGGCACUGCGGGGCGCACGACUGGCAGUUUAUACUGUAGGGUGGGCAUUGGCUUUCAUCUCCAGAUCCACCCGGAUGGCAAAGUCAACGGUUCACACGAAGCCAACCAUUUAAGUAUUUUAGAAAUAUUUGCUGUAUCUCAGGGGAUUGUUGGCAUAAGAGGAGUUUUCAGCAACACGUUUUUAGCCAUGUCAAAAAAAGGGAAACUUCAUGCAACACCAAUGUUUUCAGAAGAAUGCAAAUUCCUGGAGAGGUACCAGGAGAACAGCUAUAACACAUAUGCCUCAGCUGCUUACAGAACUGAAAAAACAGGGAGAAUGUGGUAUGUAGCAUUAAACAAAAGAGGUAAAGCAAAAAGAGGAUGCAGCCCGACAGUAAAGCCUCAACACAUAUCCACACAUUUUCUUCCCAGGAUCACACAACAGGAGCCACCAGAACUCUCAUUUACUGUCACAGUUCCAGAAAAGAAAAAAGUGGUGGUUUCUCCUUCAAAAACAAAGACUUUAUCAGCAUCUAAGAAGAACAGCAGCCCUGUAAGAUACAGGUUGAAGUUUCGUUUUGGAUGAAGAGAUCUGUCUGUACUGAUACUGACAUUCAUGUUAUGAGAUUAAUUAACUUCACAAAAGGUAUUAACCAUGUUGAGACGUUCAUCAAUCCAUGAACGAAGCAAAGUUCCAAUUUGAUAUUGUUUGAGGAAGAGUUUAGCUUUGUUUACGCAACUUUUUCACUGAGUGAUGGAGAUUCAAUUAAGUUCCAGAAGCCAAAAAAAAAGGUGCUCUCACUAUUUUAUAUCCUUCAAUAAACUGAUAUUAUGGUAAAUACUACUGCCAUAAUCUCUACAAAUAAGCAAAAGCAAUAAUUAAUUGAGUAUUCAUAUGAGGGAUAGGGUUCAUCUCAUGUUACUGACUGAUUAAACUUCUUGUAAUAGGCUAUUUUAUUUUGACAAGGGACUGGUACUUGGCUGCACAGUUGAAAUUGUAUUCCCCAUGAGUUUCCAUUUUUAAUGAUCCCACUAUGCAAGAAAAAAGAAAGAAAGAAAGAAAGAAAGAAAGAAAGAAAGAAAGAAAGAAAGAAAGAAAGCAUUAAGCUUAAUAGAUGUUAAUAGGUUAUGUCUGGCUUAGCAACACUUUAAUUCUAUAAAGAGCUAUAUAAAUCUGUUUUCCAACAUUUCUCAUGUAUUUCAUUGACUACCUGAAAUACCACAUUGGAGAGUGAGAUUAUAUUAAAAUCGUUAAAUAUGGCAUGAAUAUACUACAAGUCAGAAUCUCUAAGAGAGGCAAGUCUAAUAUCAAGGCAAUCAGCUGGACAGUCCUCAAUCAUAUCAAUGGGAGUAGCCAUACUGCUCCAUUUUAGAGCAACCAGUUAAAUAUCAGCCAUAGACUCAAUGGAGUGGCUGAAUUCAAUACCCUUGUCUGUUUUAACAAAAAAAACUUAAAAAAAUAAAAGUAUUAUAUCACUUAUGAAUCAUAAGUGAUAUAAUACUUUUAUUUUUUUAAGGUAGCAACCUCUGAGUAAUUUAUUCCCUGGCAAUUCUUCUGCCAAUAACGCCCAUGUCACACAGUAGAUGAGGCUGAAAGCAAAUACUUUCAUACAGUGCAACCAAGGAAAUUCUACCUAGAAAUUUAAAACCAUAUCUAAUUUGCAUUAGAAGUGAAAAGUGUUGUUUAAUAAAAUAUUUUAUAACAAAAGAUAUCUGUUAUUUUUUUAUAAAUGAUACAAACACAUUAUAAUCUCUAUUUAAAAGGAAUAUUUAUUGCCUCUUUUAUUUUUUUAACCAGUUAUGUAUAACUGACAGCACUGUAAAACAAUUUGUUUUGGGAUGACAUCAAUACUGUAACAUUAGUGAAUAAUAUUGGUAAAAAUGUUUUACAGGUCAAGCACGUAUUAAUGGUGCAUUAUAGCUCAGUGUAGUACAACAUAUAUACUCUCGUCAUGUUGCAAGAAUAAUGUAACAUGUAUUUCUGCUCUGAUUUCUUCCAGGUUAAUAAAUAUGCCCAUAGAUAUAUAUAUAUGUUUUUUUUAGUUUUAAUUCCUGUGUUACUGGUCCUUUAAUACCUGAUCUGUCUGUAAUAAUAUUGUAUUAAUAUAUGUAUUAACUUCAUUAUGCAAAUCUGAUCACACUGUGACAAUGAUAAUUGUUCAGGCAAAUAUUGAUAAUCAUAUUUUUACAAUUUUAGUUCAGAAACGGCAAAUCUUUUUUACACCUACCCAAUGAGUAACCUGAAAUGAUUUCAUAUUGCUUAUUAGU